CACACACACAGAACUCGAAACUCGUAGCAAAGACUAAAGUUCAUUGAAGUUUUGUGGACUCGACUUGUUGUUUGACCAGGAGCAUUAGGAGCGGAGCCGUAGUCGGGGAGCAGCCGGGAGCCGCAGCCGUGGUGCAGUGGUGCUCAUCAAUAUUCGAAAAAGCAAUUGAGCCAGGCGGGCGCACGCAUUAAUUCAUCAAUUAUUCAAAAUGACCGAAGACGAAAUUCUCUUUGACGAUGUCUACGAGCUGUGCGAGGUUAUUGGCAAAGGACCCUUCUCCAUUGUGCGACGCUGCAUACAUCGAGAGUCCAACCAGCAGUUCGCUGUCAAAAUUGUUGAUGUGGCCAAGUUUACGGCGAGCCCCGGACUGAGCACAGCGGAUCUGAAACGCGAAGCCACAAUAUGUCACAUGCUGAAGCAUCCGCACAUAGUCGAGCUGCUCGAAACCUACAGUUCCGAGGGCAUGCUCUACAUGGUCUUUGAGUUCAUGGAAGGCUCCGAUUUGUGCUUUGAGGUUGUGCGGCGUGCCGUCGCAGGAUUUGUCUACAGCGAGGCGGUGGCUUGCCAUUAUAUGCGCCAAAUACUGGAGGCGCUGCGUUACUGCCAUGAGAACGAUAUACUGCAUAGGGAUGUGCGGCCCGCUUGUGCACUUUUGGCGACAGUGGACAACUCGGCGCCAGUGAAACUUGGCGGCUUCGGCUCGGCGAUACAAUUGCCGGGCACGCGGGAAACCAUAGAAACACACGGACGCGUGGGCUGUCCGCACUACAUGGCGCCAGAGGUGGUCACACGGCGUCUUUAUGGCAAAGGCUGCGACGUUUGGGGGGCAGGUGUAAUGUUGCACGUUCUGCUCUCGGGUAGGCUGCCCUUUUUGGGUUCCGGUGUGCGACUGCAGCAGUCUAUAGCACGCGGAAGGCUAUCGUUUGAAGCACCUGAAUGGAAAUCAAUUUCGGCCAAUGCCAAGGAUCUAGUCAUGAAAAUGCUCGCCGCCAAUCCACACCACAGACUAUCCAUAACCGAGGUGCUAGAGCAUCCCUGGAUACGUGAUCGCGACAAAUUACAGCGCACGCAUCUGGCGGAUACUGUUGAGGAAUUGAAGCGCUAUAAUGCGCGACGCAAGCUCAAGGGCGCCGUGCAGGCCAUUGCUGGUGGCACCAACAUGGAUCCGGUCUAUGCCACGGAUGCGGAUAUGCCCAUUGCGGGCGCACCGGACGAGUGGGCAGACGAGGAGGCGGGGAUUGAGGCAGUGCAGCGUAUAUUGGACUGUCUGGAUGACAUUUAUUCGCUGCAGGACGCGCACGUCGAUGAGGACGUGCUGCGUGAUAUGCUGCGCGAUGCUCGAUUGCAACAAUUUCUGCAGCUUUUCGAUCGCAUCAGCUCCUCGGUCAUCACGACCAACGGCCGGGCGCCCAGCGCCGAGGCUGUUGCGCGCAGUCGCGAUGUCCUGGAGCUGUUGUCAUCGGCCAGUUCCGCCGGGGGCAAUAAGUAUGCCAAGGAUGAGCUGAUGCAGCUGCUCGCCGCGCCGCACUUGCAGGCGCUGCUGCAUACACACGAUGUUGUCGCCCGGGAUGUUUAUGGCGAGGAGGCGCUGCGCGUCACACCGCCGCCAAUGGUGCCCUUCCUCAACGGCGACGAGCUGGACAACGUCGAGGGCGGCGAGCUGCAGCAUGUGACACGCGUGCGUCUUGUGCAAUUCCAAAAGAACACCGACGAGCCCAUGGGCAUCACGCUUAAAAUGACCGAGGACGGGCGCUGCAUUGUGGCGCGCAUCAUGCACGGCGGCAUGAUACAUAGACAGGCCACACUGCACGUGGGCGACGAAAUCCGGGAGAUCAAUGGCCAGCCGGUGCAGCAUCAGUCGGUGGGUCAAUUGCAACGAAUGCUGCGCGAGGCACGCGGUUCCGUUACCUUUAAAAUAGUUCCUUCUUACCGUAGCGCACCGCCGCCCUGUGAGCUAUUCAGGAUAAGACCUGCUCCAGUGCUUAUUUUUGUUCGUGCACAGUUCGAUUAUAAUCCCCUGGAUGAUGAGCUUAUACCAUGCGCCCAGGCGGGCAUUGCAUUCCAAGUGGGCGACAUACUGCAGAUCAUUAGCAAGGAUGAUCAUCACUGGUGGCAGGCGAGAAUUGAUACGGUGGGCGGUUCAGCGGGCCUGAUACCAUCACCUGAGCUGCAGGAAUGGCGCAUUGCCUGUCAGACCGUCGACAAGACCAAGCAGGAGCAGGGAGAGCCGGGUGCUGGAUGUUCCGCUCACGCAGAUGGGUGUGAUGGAUCCACAGUAAACUGUUCCAUCUUUGGGCGUAAGAAGAAGCAAUGCCGGGACAAAUAUUUGGCAAAACAUAAUGCCAUAUUCGAUACGCUUGAUGUGGUCACAUACGAAGAGGUUGUCAAAGUGCCAGUGGGUGAUCCGAACUUUCAGAGGAAGACAUUGGUGCUAUUAGGCGCACAUGGCGUGGGCAGGCGGCAUAUUAAGAAUACUUUAAUAUCAAAGUAUCCCGAUAAGUACGCCUAUCCCAUACCACAUACAACGAGACCUGCUAAGCCCGAGGAGGAGAACGGACGCAGCUAUUACUUUGUUUCACAUGACGAAAUGAUGGCCGAUAUUGGUGCCAACGAGUAUUUGGAAUAUGGAACCCAUGAGGAUGCGAUGUAUGGCACCAAGCUGGACACAAUUCGACGCAUACAUACCGAUGGUAAAAUGGCAAUACUAGAUGUGGAGCCGCAGGCACUUAAAAUACUGCGCACAGCUGAAUUCACGCCCUAUGUGGUGUUUAUAGCGGCGCCAUCGCUGCAGAACAUUGCGGAUUACGAUGGCAGCUUGGAGCGUCUGGCCAAGGAAUCGGAUAUGCUGCGUCAACUGUAUGGACAUUUCUUUGACUUGACCAUUGUGAACAACGAUAUAAGCGAGACGAUUGCCACACUGGAAUCGGCCAUUGAACGUGUGCACACCACACCACAAUGGGUGCCCGUCUCUUGGCUCUACUGACAAGACAGUGAGCUGGAAUGCCCCGACUGUCUUGAUGGCUGCGAUUGCGAGUGGGAUGCAUACACAAAGGCGUCCAAUGUGGCGCUAUACUGAGUACACAUACACACACCAUUAAAGUAUUAACAAGGCACAAAUACAACACAGCAAACAUACACACACACACACACACACACACACAGUCAAAUUGGAGCGCCUGGCGCCCGCUUAUUUACAUAAGAACAAAACACACACACAUACAUCUAUAGAGAAUGGGUAUUAUGGGAAUUGCAGUCGCAACGCAAAGACAAAUUGUAAAGUUUAAAAAUACUUAUUUAAAUUUGAGUUUCUGUUUUAUUGUUUAUAUUUGAUGUUUUUUUAGUCAACAUAAGUUAAAUAUUAUUUGUAUUUGCCAUUCCAACAAGCUGAGCACAGCGGCUUGUUAUUAAUUGUUUGUGUUAUUGUUUUAUUUAAUAUUUCUCUUAGUAUUCUUCUUUUGCCAGACAGCAUUAAUCGCACUUGUUAGUGGCUAAGUUAACUUGAACAGAAAACAACAAAUGCACUCCAGCAACAAAAUACAAAAUUGAAAAGUAUUACAAUAUUAUUUGCAACUUAAUUGAAAGUCUUUUGGAAAGCGAGCGUGAAACGAGUUAGUAAAUUAUAGCGAACUACGUAAUUAAAUUUAACUAACAUAGAACAAAAUGAAAAGCAUGAAGAGUCAUAACGAGCAACUGCAACAAUACGAGUAUAAAAUAUAGUAUGAUGUGAGCAAUUUCAAGUGUUUCAAACAAAUUAAAAACAAUUAAAUACACAUUGCAAAACCCAAAUAAAAAUUUAACAAAAAAUAAAAUACAAACAUUUAAAAAAUAUAUAUUGUGCACGGUUUUAAAUGCAAUAAAGAAAAUACAUCAUGCAAAUGAUAACACGUCACGUACAUACACAAAAGCGAAACUGCGAAAAAUGUAAAAGCAUUUGCGAAUAAAUUGUUGAAGUUGAAUUAAUUUAAUUAAGAAUUUAAAAAGGAAAUGCAAUCAAACAAUAUAAGCGUAAAUUAUUUGCCGCAGCGUUAACAUUAUAAACGACACUUAAUUCAAGCAAGGCAAAUAAAAACAUAGAGUGAGCACAAAAAUGAACACACACACACACACACACACACUUACUAACAGCAACAAUAAAGUAAAAGUAAAAGUAAAAGUAAAAUAAAACGAGAACAAAUGGUAAAUUUAAAUACCCUUUGAACCACUAUUUAGUAAAAUAAAUGUGUGCAUGUCAACGCACCAAACACAUAGACAAACAAACACUCGUAUAAAUAACAAUUAAAACCAAAAAAAAUAUACACAUAUAUUUUUGAGCAACUCAAACUCAGGUUGGAUACAUUGAAAAUCAGACAUGUUGAAUAAGAUUAAUAUAGCGAGCGCUUCCUUUUAACCCACAGCCAAUAAGCAAGAACAGACAGCUAAAUCUAGUGAACCAACACAAUGAGCCCACAAUCCAAAAAUAAAAAACUUAUAAAAAAAUCAAGAACAACCAAAAAAAGAACCACCCAAUAGCGUCGCAGAUUUAAGUUUUUAAUGCUUUGUAUUAUGUAUACAAAAGAUUGUGUAGAAACUAUGAAAACAAAUUGAGGCAGCAGAAAACGAGCUCAUCAGUUUUACAGGUUUGCUAAAAGGCGCCUGCUUUUAUAUAGUGGAAAAUACUUGCUAGUUUUUAUUAUUUACCUAAAUGUAUGAUCUUUUUUCGAAAAUAUUCCGUAAUCUAAAAGACAACAAAAGCAAAGAAGAUUAACCAUGACUCCUGAAUACGCUGUUAGAGCCAAAUUUCAUGUGCAAACUUAUGAAUCAAAGCAGAGUCUGGAAAUUAUCUGAAGAUUGUAUAAAAUUCAAGCAAUCAUAAAUGCUCAUAUGCCACUUAAAUAUAUGCAAAAGUAGAUUGAAUGCCAUGCGUCUCAGGGUAACCUGCAGCUGGAUUUCGAAGCUACGUGGAACACUCUUACUUUAGGCCAACAUAAAAGCGCCAACACAAACAGAACAACAUAUUGGACAAGAAAAAUGCGAACACGUAAUUCUUCUAGAAUAAAACAAACAAAAUACAAAAAAAAAAACAAAACAAAAACAAAAAAUCGAAGAAAAACAUUUAAAUUUAUAAUCAUAAAGCACUUUUGGCGGCAGUCAGCACUUGAACCCAAUUUACUUCCCAGCCCAAUUGAGCCGAAGCUUAUUUUGAGUACCACUAGCCUCCAUCCAAUCCACACAAUAGUUAACAUGGAGUUACCCACAAGAACUACAUGAACAAUUCUAUGGUUUCAAGAUGGUUGAACAAUUUACGCAUAUACCACAUAUAUAUGCACAAUGCUUGUGUCUAACAAUUUUACGUUCCGAGCGUUACACAGCUGACGACAGGCAGAAGGAUAAAGGCAGAGAUCAGAGAUCGGAGAGCAGGCAAUGUAAAUCAUAGAUGUAUUCCCAAAGAGACAAAGAAGAACCUACCCAAGAACAAGAACUUAACUACCUACUACCCACGACAAACGCAGCCGAGUGGCCAAAUUAACUAAGUAGUAAUUAUACCUAAAAAAAAAAAACCUAGAAAGUGUAUGUAUUGUAUGUAACAUAUAUUUU